AUGCCGGCCAGCCUGCCGCGGCCGGUGCCCUGGGAGGGCGGCAGCGAUGUGCCGGCACCUGGCGGCGAUCCCAGCGGCGGCGAAUCCCGCUCCUCCCCGUCCUCCUCCCCCAGCAGCAGCAGCAGCAGCAGCAGCAGCAGCGGCGGCGGCCGCACAGGCCUCAAGCCCCUGCCGCGCAACGUGGAGGGCGUGGCCGACGACGUCAGCCUGGCCAACCCGCUGCAGCGCAUGGAGCGGCUGGGCACCGCCUGGUUUGGCACCAUCUUCGAGCUGGACGGCGUGUGCAUAGAGCAGGAGUGCGGCGAUGGCGGCCGCUCCUGGCAGCAGCUGGCGGCGGAGGAGGGCAAGGCGCCGCCGCCGCUGUGGGCGCUGAAGAAGGCGCAGGGGAUGAAGAACGAGCAGGUGGUGUCGGAGGUCUUCUGCUGGACACGCAACCCGGCAGAGGCGCGGCGGCUGGCGGCGCGGCGCGAGGCCAUCCUGGCAGAGCUGCUGGGGGGGCGCAAGCCGUUGGUGCCGGGCGGAGUCACGCAGCUCAUGGACCUGCUGCAGCGCAACCAGGCGCCGCUGGCGCUCGUGUCCUCGGCGCCCGAGCAGCGAGUGCUGCCGGCGCUGGAGGCUGCGGGGCUGCAGGGGCGGUUUGACGCGGUGGUGACUGCCGACGACGUGCACCGCGGCCAGCCCGACCCCGAGGGCUACCUGUACGCGGCGCAGAAGAUGCAGCGCCCGCCGCUGCGCUGCGUCGUUAUCGGCAGCUCCAACCUCAGCAUCGAGGCCGCCCACGAGGUGGGCAUGAAGUGUGUGGCGCUGGCGGGACGGCAGCCCGUGUACGAGCUGGGCGCUGCGGACCUGGUGGUGCGCGACCUGUCCCAGCUCUCCUUUGUCAACCUCAAGCGCCUGUUUGCCGCCGAGGAGACGGUGUCGGGG